AUGAUAUCACUAACUUAAACAGAAGAUUAGGUAACUAAAUCAAUGAUAUUUAUAAGAUUCAAUAAGAAUAAACAUAAUUAUAGUAAAAGAACAAAAUAACUAAAUAAAUUAACAAAUCUGUAAAAUGGUAAGAGGAUAUUAUUGAUAAUGAAAAUACAGGUAAAUUAAAAUUUAAUGGUAUAAAUUACUUUAACAAAUAGUUUGUAGAGCAAAAUUUAUUCACUAAUUAGAAAUAGAUGAUAAAUCUGAUACAUGUACAAGUGAUGAUGAAUCAAAUGCUAUAGAAAGAGAUAAAAAGUCAAAGUAGAAACAUAAAUUAAAAUGCUCUAAACUUAACUUAAAGGAUAAAUCAUGA